AUGAUGUUAUUAUUGUUGUUUAUCCUUGUUCUCGUAUUUAAUGCUGCUGACAGCACUGAUUUAAGUUGUCCAAAUCGACAAUUUAUUGAGCAUUCUCUCAAUAAGGUACAUAUUCCAGGUGCGGUAAUUAUUGUUGUCAAUGCCAGUGAUAUACUCUAUGAACAAGCUUUUGGUUAUCAAUCUCUUUCGCCAAUAGUGGCUAUGGACCUAGAUAAGUCAAUUUUUAUUCUCGCCUCUAUCUCAAAGACAUUUAUUGGUGUUGCUGUUAUGCAACUAGUUGAACGAGAACUUGUUGAUCUUGAUACAGACGUCAACGAAUAUUUAUCAGAACCCCAUAAAAGAAUUUUCCAUCCACAAUAUCCUUCUCAUUCGAUCACUCUACGAAAACUACUUUCUCAUUCAGCUUCUAUUGCUGUUCAAAAUCUUUCGGCAGACACUUACUUACAGCUGGAUGAUAUUGCAUUUACUCAAACAACUUUGGCUGACACGAGCUUUACAUAUUUGAAUCCGAAUACAUCGAAUUGGUUGCCAAAACCACCAGGCAGUGUAGUAUUUUAUUCCAAUGAAGGUUCAUCCCUAGCUGCAUUAGUAGUUGAGCGUGUAACGAAAAUGCCUUAUGAUCAAUAUGUCAAAAAAAAUAUUUUGAAACCAUUGAACAUUGAUAUUCGCAAAACAGGCUAUCGUCUAGAUGAUUUUGAAAGCAGAGAAGAACUUGUUAAGCAUUACACGUAUGGAUUCAAUGAGUCCUUUCUUCCAGCAUGGAAUCAAAUAAUGCCACAAAUGAAUAUUACGCCGAUUUCGGAAAAUCUUCCAACAUGGUUGCACAUUCCAUUCUUUAGUUUUAAUACUUAUCCAUCUGGUCUUCUUCGCAUGUCAGCUCGUUCUCUAUCUGUGUUCCUGCGCAUGUUUAUUAAUAAUGGAUCUUCAUUAUUAACUUCUAGAAGCGUUGCUGAAAUGCAAACAAUAGUGGGUGGAGAUCUCCUCCCUUAUUAUAUUGAUGACUCCAGUAGUAAUUCUACGGGAAUACGUCAAUCACUUAAGUUUGGACUUGGUUGGCAUUGGCAAACAUUGAAUAAUGGUCAUCGAUACGUCGGACAUGGUGGUGGCUUGCCAGGCAUGACACAUUUGAUGCUCGUUGAUAAGUCGAACAAUAUCGGUGUGAUUCUUCUCUCAAAUGGAGAUACAUUUCUGCCAAUUGAUUUGUCGAAGAAACUCUAUCAGACAAUUUUAGAUAUUCAUAUCAGACUCUUUCAAUGUUUUGAAAAUACUAUUGUCAAUUAA